AUGGCCUUUUUGCGGCCCCAGCCGACCGAGGCCGCAUUUUCCACUUCUAGCAACGGAUCCUCCAGCGCUCAAUAUACGCCGGUGUCUGAUGGAUCGGAAGAAGAACAUGUCCCCUCCAGUGGGAGUCGUCCACCACCUGGCUCGUUGAAGCUCCAGACAGACCUUAAUCUUGAUGAGGACUUUUUUUCCGAUGCCGGUAGCGACCCGGGCUACGAGUCCUAUGGGGAUGCGCGGCGCGACUCUGAACAAUCCAGCCUCCCUAAAUACACGGUGGUUGAGGAAAGGGAAGUUGUGAAGAAAUUUGAUCGCAAGCUUGUGCCGUUCCUCGCGUUGCUGUACAUGCUUUCGUUCCUGGAUCGAUCUAAUAUCGGAAAUGCAAAGAUUGCAGGACUCAUGGAAGACUUGAAACUGUCUUCUUCGCAAUAUGAGUGGCUUCUCACUGCGUUUUACAUCACUUAUAUCUUGUUCGAAUGGAUGACGCUCAUGUACCGCGUUGUCCCACCACACAUCUACAUCGCACUCUGCGUAUGUGGCUGGGGCCUUGUGGCGACCUUUCAAUCUCUGGCUACUUCAUUUGGGGUCCUCGUCUUCCUGAGAGCUCUACUUGGAAUCACCGAAGCAGCAUUUGGGCCCGGUGUGCCAUUCUAUCUAUCACUCUUCUACAAACGCGAGGAGCUGGCCUUUCGAAACGGACUCUUCAUCUCUGCAGCUCCCUUGGCCUCGUCGUUCGCGAGUAGUUUAGCGUGGGUGAUCGUCAAGCUGAGCAGUAAUGGCCCAAUUUCUCCCUGGCGCACCCUCUUUCUAGUCGAGGGGUUCCCCAGCGUGAUCGUUGCUGUUUUCGCCUGGUUGUUGAUCCCAGAUUCCCCCGGGAGCGCCAGAUUUCUGGAUCCGCGCCAGAGAACCGUGGCUAAACUGCGAAUGGGCGAGAGUAAAUCGGAGUUUCAGGGAUCGCGUCAAAGUAAAUUCAAUUGGAGGGAAGUGGGAAAGACCCUGGCCGAUCCAAAGUCUUAUAUUGCAGCUUUCAUGUUCUUCAGCUGCAAUGUAGCAUUCAGUUCCAUGCCUGUAUUUCUUCCUACAAUUAUAGAAGACAUGGGCUAUUCCUCCCUCACCUCGCAAGCCCUCUCCGCACCCCCGUACCUCCUCGCCUUCAUCGUCGUGCUCAUAACCGCCUACAUCUCCGACCGCAACCGCUCCCGGAGCCCCUACCUAAUCCUGCACGCCGUGAUCUCCUCAACCGCAUACCUGAUCAUCGCGCUAACCGGGCACUUCCACACGCAUCUCCCGACGACCGCGCACGUCCUGAUCCGCUACCUCUGCGUCUACCCCGCCACUUCGGGCUUCUUCUCCGCCACCACGCUGAUCAUGACCUGGACGAUGGACAACCGCGUCGCCAAGGAAGGCAAGGGCACCAGCAUCGCCGUCCUGAAUGUCAUUGGCCAAUGUGGGCCCCUGCUCGGUACACGGCUGUAUCCCGCGAGUGAUAGCCCGUGGUACGUGCGCGGCAUGGCCACCUGUUCGUUCUUCAUGAUGGUGGUGGCGGGCUUGGCGCUGUUGUUGCGCGUGCUGCUGCAGAGGGCGAAUCGCAGGGUGCAGCGGAAAGGGGAGGAGGAUACGUUUGAAAUGCAGGGUGGUGGUAGUAGAGGCGCUGCUUCUGCGGGUGCUGCGGGUGCGGCUGAGGAGAGUGAGGUGUUGAUGGGGGGUCGUGCGAGUCGAAGGGGCGUUACUUUGAGGUAUAAUGUGGAGGAGAGAUUUACGUAUAUCGUAUAG